CAACAAUAUGCCCAAGCAGGUGGAAGUGCGAAUGCACGACAGCCACCUCACCUCGGAGGAGCCCAAGCACCGGCAUCUGGGCCUGCGCUUGUGCAAAAAGCUGGGGAAGAAUCUCCUGCUCACCCUGACGGUGUUUGGUGUCAUCCUGGGGGCGGUAUGUGGAGGGCUUCUUCGCUUGGCAACUCCCCUCCACCCUGAUGUGGUUAUGUUAAUAUCCUUCCCGGGAGACAUACUCAUGAGGAUGCUAAAAAUGCUCAUCCUCCCUCUGAUCAUCUCCAGCUUAAUCACAGGGUUGUCAGGCUUGGAUGCUAAAGCCAGUGGCCGCUUGGGCACGAGAGCCAUGGUGUAUUACAUGUCCACGACCAUCAUCGCGGCUGUGCUGGGGGUCAUCCUGGUCUUGGCUAUCCACCCAGGGAAUCCCAAACUCAAGAAGCAGCUGGGGCCCGGAACGAAGAACGAUGAAGUGUCCAGCCUGGACGCCUUCCUGGACCUUAUUCGCAAUCUCUUCCCUGAAAACCUUGUCCAAGCCUGUUUUCAACAGAUUCAAACAGUGACGAAGAAAGUUCUGGUGGCACCUGCGUCCGACGAGGAGGCCAAUGCAACCAGCGCGGUGGUCUCUCUGUUGAACGAGACCAUGGCUGAGGCCCCCGAGGAGACGACCAUGGUUAUCAAGAAGGGCCUGGAGUUCAAGGACGGCAUGAAUGUCCUAGGUCUGAUAGGGUUUUUUAUUGCUUUUGGCAUCGCCAUGGGGAAGAUGGGCGAGCAGGCCAAGCUGAUGGUGGAAUUCUUCAACAUUUUGAAUGAGAUCGUAAUGAAGUUAGUGAUCAUGAUCAUGUGGUACUCUCCCCUGGGUAUCGCCUGCCUAAUUUGUGGGAAGAUCAUUGCCAUCAAGGACUUGGAAGUGGUUGCUAGGCAACUGGGGAUGUACAUGGUAACAGUGAUAGUGGGCCUCAUCAUCCACGGGGGCAUCUUUCUCCCCCUGAUUUACUUUGUAGUGACCAGGAAAAACCCCUUCUCCUUUUUUGCUGGCAUUUUCCAAGCUUGGAUCACUGCCCUGGGCACCGCUUCCAGUGCUGGAACUUUGCCUGUCACCUUCCGUUGCCUGGAAGAAAAUCUGGGGAUCGACAAGCGUGUGACCAGGUUUGUCCUCCCAGUUGGAGCAACCAUCAACAUGGAUGGCACAGCCCUGUAUGAAGCAGUGGCCGCCAUCUUUAUAGCCCAGAUGAAUGGCGUUGUCCUGGACGGAGGCCAGAUUGUGACCGUGAGUCUCACGGCCACCCUGGCGAGUGUCGGCGCAGCCAGCAUCCCAAGCGCUGGGCUGGUCACCAUGCUCCUCAUUCUCACGGCCGUGGGCCUGCCGACGGAGGACAUCAGCCUGCUGGUGGCUGUAGACUGGCUGCUGGACAGGAUGAGAACAUCAGUCAAUGUCGUGGGUGACUCUUUUGGGGCUGGGAUUGUCUACCACCUUUCCAAGUCUGAACUGGAUACCAUUGACUCCCAGCACCGAGUGCAUGAAGAUAUUGAAAUGACCAAGACUCAAUCCAUUUAUGAUGACAUGAAGAACCACAGGGAAAGCAACUCUAAUCAGUGUGUCUAUGCUGCACACAACUCUGUCAUAGUAGAUGAGUGCAAGGUAACUCUGGCAGCCAAUGGAAAGUCAGCCGACUGCAGUGUUGAGGAAGAACCUUGGAAACGUGAAAAAUAAGGAUACGAAUCUCAGCAAAUUCUUGAAUAAGCUCCCCAGCGUACCUUAUGGUAAAAGAUGAUAUAAACAAGCUUUCU